UAAUUCCUAAUUCCUAAUUCUCUCUUUUCUCUCUUUUCUCUCUUUCUUCUCUCUCUCUCUCUCUCUCUCUCUCUCUCUCUCUCCGCCUCUAUUUUAUUUCUCUCUACGGGGGAGAGAUGAUCUGACAAACUGAAACUAAACGGCGUAACGGAAGUCUUAUAACCCCGUUUACGCCUUCCCUUAAGCCAUUCCUCCAUUAAGUCACGUGCUCUUCUUCUUCUUUAAUUUAUUUUUAUUUUUAUUUUUAUAAUUUUUAAAAAAUUGUUCUUUUUAAAAAUGGCUUUGCAGCAGCUUAGCCUUGGCCCAACUCCUGUUGACGGCGUCACUAAUGGCGUUGACGUCCGGCCGAUGUCAACUGACGGCGGAGACGACGGCAGCAAAACCCCAAGGCUUCCGCGCUGGACCCGCCAGGAGAUUCUCGUCCUCAUACAAGGGAAGAAAGUUGCAGAGACAAGGGUUCGCGGCGGACGAGCUGCUAGUCUCGCUUUUGGUUCCGGUCAGGUAGAACCGAAGUGGGCUUCGGUUUCUUCUUAUUGUAAGAGACAUGGAGUUAAUCGAGGUCCGGUUCAGUGUCGGAAGAGAUGGAGUAAUUUGGCUGGUGAUUUCAAGAAGAUCAAGGAGUGGGAAUCCCAAAUUAGGGAAGAUACUGAAUCCUUUUGGGUUAUGAGAAAUGAUUUGAGACGUGAGAGGAAAUUGCCAGGGUUUUUCGAUAGAGAGGUUUAUGAUAUUUUGGAUUCCGGUUCUGCUCCUUCGCCUUCCCCUGCUCUUGCGCUUGCCCUUACUCCUCUUCCUAUUCCUGUCCCACCUCCUGCUCUUAAUUCUGACGAUGGAAAACCCGACGCUGAGCCAGAACACGUCUUCGACAGUUCUAAAACUGCCGCGGCUGAUGAUGGUUUGUUCUCCGAUUUCGAGCAGGAUGAAACUUGUCGAAGCCCCUUGAAGGAAGUCGCCGGGAAGGAUGUUCCACCACCGACGGCUGAUGGGGGAAUUCCUGCUCCGACGCCUUUAUCAGAGAAGCUGUACCGACCUCCUGGUCACGAUUGUCCUGACCAAGGAACAACAAACGAAAAAGAAGCAGCAGCGAAUCCCGAGAUAGGAUCGACGUCGUCACAAGAGGGAAGGAAACGAAAGCGAGUUGCAUUAGACGGGGACGAAGAAACCAUCCUACAGGAUGAAUUGAUUGGGAUCCUUGAAAAGAACGGGAAACUACUGACUGCCCAACUUGAAGCUCAAAACAUGAACUUCCAACUAGACCGAGAGCAGCGAAAGCAUCAUGCGGAUGGCUUAGUUGCAGUUCUUAACAAGCUCGCAGACGCUCUAGGACGAAUCGCGGAUAAGCUGUAGAGAAAAGCAGUGAAAUGGAGAUGAGUAGAUGUACAUAAGCAACAACAUUUUUCUCUCAUGGAGCAAUGAAAUAGACAGAUUAAGGAUAGAUGGUAGCAGAAGAAAUUGAUGGAUGAGGAUUGAUUGAUUGAUUAAUUUGAAGGUUUUUCUCUUCUCUAUCUGCCAUUUUCUAGUUUAAGACUGCCAUAAUGACCAAUUAGUGGAGAGUUUAGAAAUUAUAGGUUUCCCCCAUACACAGAUGAUAAGAAGGAUAUAGUAAACUGAAGAGUUAUAUUUUUACCACAUUUUCUGCUCUGCUUAUUUCUACUUUCAUACGGAUUGCAAUAUUUGUAAAUCUUAUUAUUUAUUUUCAUAAGAUGCAUUUGCUGAAUACACCUUUUCCAUUUUUGGUUUUUCCCAA